CUCACUCUCCUUCUCACGCUCACUCUCUUCUUCUCCAAACCCUCGUUAGAUCUCAUCUCCACUUCGAUCUCCAUCCCAAACCCUCGCCUCUAGAUCCCAUUCCAGGCCGCCGAUCAUCGCCCCAUGGGCCAUGUCAACCUCCCGCCGCCGCGCCGUGGCCCGCCGCGCCCGUGGACGCUGCUUGACCUCGUAUCCACCGCCUUCUUUGGCGCUGUGAUCAUCUUCUUCAUUCUCGUCUUCACGUCCCUCGGUGAUCCGCUGGCGGCCGCCGGACGCCGCGCUCUGGCCCGCUCUGACCCCUCUGAUCCCCGCCAGCGUGAGCGUGUUCUCUCCCUGCUUGAUUCCCCGCGUUCCCAGCGCUCCGCUGCUGGUCCUGUCAUCCCUACUUGCCCUGUUGACGAGGUUGAUCAGAUGCCCUGUGAGGAUCCUCGCCGGAACAGCCAGCUCAGCCGGGAGAUGAACUUUUAUAGGGAGCGCCACUGCCCGGAGUCCGGCGAGUUGCCGCUGUGUCUUGUGCCGCCGCCGGAUGGGUACAAGAUUCCGGUGCCGUGGCCUGAGAGUCUACAUAAGAUAUGGCAUGACAACAUGCCAUAUAAUAAAAUUGCAGAGAGGAAAGGUCAUCAAGGCUGGAUGAAAGAAGAAGGUUCAUACUUCAUCUUCCCUGGUGGCGGCACUAUGUUCCCUGAUGGAGCUGUGCAGUAUAUUGAGAAGCUUGGACAAUACAUUCCCAUUGACAGCGGUCUUUUGAGGACAGCUCUGGACAUGGGUUGUGGGGUUGCCAGCUUUGGGGGAUAUAUGCUCAAAGAAAAUAUCAUGACACUUUCUUUUGCUCCAAGAGACUCGCAUAAAGCCCAAAUACAGUUUGCACUAGAAAGAGGAGUACCUGCAUUUGUGGCAAUGUUAGGAACUCGGCGACUUCCAUUUCCUGCAUAUUCUUUUGACCUGGUUCAUUGUUCUCGAUGUCUGAUCCCCUUUACUGCUUACAAUGGUACUUAUUUAAUUGAAGUAGACCGGUUGCUUAGGCCAGGUGGAUACCUUGUCAUCUCUGGCCCACCUGUGCAAUGGCCUAAACAAGAUAAAGAAUGGGCUGAUCUCCAGUCCUUGGCAGUCACUUUGUGCUAUGAACUCAUUGUUGUGGAUGGUAACACUGUCAUUUGGAAGAAGCCUUCAGGGGCAUCUUGCAUUCCUAGCCAAAAUGAAUUUGGGCUUGGUUUAUGCAAUGACGCAAAUGACCACAGUGAAGCCUGGUAUUUUAAUUUAAAGAAUUGUAUCAGCAAGGUCUCCAUUGAAGGAGAAAAAAUCGCUGUUGGUUACAUGGCAAAAUGGCCUGAAAGGCUAUCAAAGCCUCCAGCAAGGGUGUCACUUAUUAAAAAUGGUAUUGAUGUGUUUGAAGCUGAUUCAAGGCGUUGGACCCGACGUGUUGCAUAUUAUAAGAAAUCCCUUGGCAUAAAGCUCGGGACCACCUCCAUACGUAAUGUUAUGGACAUGAAUGCAUUUUUUGGAGGCUUUGCUGCAGCACUUAUGUCUGAUCCUGUCUGGAUUAUGAACGUCAUUCCUGCUCGAAAGCCAUUAACUUUGGAUGUGGUCUAUGAUAGAGGUCUAAUUGGAGUAUAUCAUGACUGGUGUGAGGCUUUCUCCACAUACCCUCGAACCUAUGAUCUAAUCCACGUCACAGGAAUCAACUCUUUAGUAAAAGAUCCUGUUACUGGCAAGAGCAGGUGUCACCUAGUUGAUAUAAUGGUGGAAAUGGAUCGAAUAUUACGUCCUGAAGGAACAGCUGUGAUUCGCGACAUGCCCGAUGUGAUAGAGAAGGUAGGGCGCAUUGCUCAUGCAAUACGAUGGACAUAUAACAUACAUGACGGUGAGAAAGAAGCUCGAGGUGGGGAGAAAAUUCUUUUGGCAACCAAGAACUUGUUGAAACUACCUACAGUUUCACACUGACGAAAGGAACCCAAAGUCUAUCUGGAAUGUAACAUCAUUCUAUGGGGUUUUUUUUCUUCCCCUGCUAUCUCCUCAGUUUUAGGAAAAAGAAGAAAUUUUAAAAAAAAAUGUUGUAACACUAUUAUUUAGUGAAAAGAGGGAAUGUGAAGUGUUUCUUUUCUAAAUUGUUGGGAAGGCAAAAUGAAAAUCUAUAAUGUGUGUGUGUCUUAAUUGUCA